GAGUGAAAGCAAGGGAUGGGGAAGUUCACAUUUAUUUUGGAAGUACAUGUAAAUAACAUGGGUGCAUCGUCAAGUCAUCAGGGUAAAGCUGGUGUUCCAGGCCAAAAUCACAGUGCUUUACCUGCUGACCCGGUGCCAUAUAAUGGUCCUGCUAUUGAGUAUCGUAUUGUUGCUGUAUUUUCAAAGUUAAAGGGUCAUUCAGGUUUUGGUUCACAAGUUGCAACUAGUGAUGUCCAGUCCUACUAUGGGACGUUGGCUCAACAAUAUGGGGAGUACUUCAAAUUAAAUACCUUUUUUCAAGUUCCACUGGGCUGUCAACAACGUGGCUUUAGAUCAGUUACUAUCCCCUUUCAAGGAGUAUUAUCAAGACCAGCUGUUUACACACCAUCUAAUGAAAAGUGGUUACUGCAAGUUCAACAAUCAACCAUCCAAAUAUCAAGAAUAAGAGGGGGAGCUCUUUUUUCUUUCGGGGGAUGUCUAGAUGAACAUGUCGGAGAUAUCUAUAACAGAAUUGUGCAAUGUGCCCAAACAGGUGGUAAAUUAAUAUGUAUGGAGUGUUCUGGCAAUGUGGCGAGGCAAGGGACUUUUAACCCAGCUGCUAUUUGUGGAGUUGAUUUAUUUUUUGAUGUACCACAACAUCCAAAUCCUACUAUCUACACAUACGUGGCUUAUUCAACACCAAUGAACGUCUCGUAUGGGUUCGGAUCUUGCAGUAUACAAUGCGACUGGAAUGGCGCCUUGGCAAUGCACCUUGAUCAGGGUUGGAAGUUAGUUGAUAUAUUUAUUCCGCAGCAAGAAGCUUCCCUAGGUCAACAGCAACAAAGUUACAUGCGUAACUUAAAUACGAUUUGGUUCUUUGAAAAGGAGGCGGCCAAAUCAGCUGACAUGUCACCACGUUAUCAAGUAACGAUGGUGGAAUAUUACAUGCGUUUUUCCGCCGGAUUUGGAUCAGUUAAUGCUAAUUUGGACUUGGGGCCUAUGAUAACAGAGAUGGGAGGACGUGGUUGGGAGCUGGUGUGUGUUUUGGACACCCCACAAACCACAAGUGGUUUUGGCAGUGGAACAAGGACUGUUAUUGUUUUCUUCCAACGACCCAUUGCAGGAGUGCUACCUCCAGUUGGAUUUGUCCCGGCACCAGCUUUACCACCCAUCACAGAACCAACUCCACCAUCUGCAGAGGCGAGCAGCUAUAAAUAAUUAAAAAUUAUCUUGAUGUAAUUCACUAGUAAUCUUUUUCUGCACGAUGUGGUUGCUUCUAA